CAUCGCAUCAGAGAGCAAGCAGCAGAAAGCAGAAAGCAUUGGAUACCUAGAGCAAAUAUAAUAAGCCAGCCAAGAAAAAAAAGCCUGAGCCAAGAAAGAAGAAAAGCCCAAGAGAAAAGCAAACGGCGAGCGACCAGCAGAGAAAACCAGUUUAAUUUUUUCACUCGCCUUCUUCCCUUCGCGAAACACACGUACCAACAACCUACGAUAUAGGUUUUCCUUGUGCCCGUGGUCGCCCCCAGAAGUAAGUAGGGAAAAUUUGCUCGGAAAAGGUGUGUGGUUUCCCCGUCGUGCAAUUUCAAUUCGGUGGAAAAUCGUUCACUGCUGGUGUUGAUUUGGUGUUUUUCUGGUGUCAAUCGUUCACCUGCUCCUCGUUGUGUCACGUAGUGUGUAGUGUGUUCUCGCAGCAGUCUUUUUUGUUUGCGCACAGUGCUCUUAAAACCCUACACUGAAAAUCAAAAGGAGGAAAUAGUGUGUUCGAGUAAGAAGAAAAAAAAAAACCCUCUGCAACAGCAGCAGCAGUCAAGCAAUAAAGGCAGAAAAGUAAGUUAGCAACCAGCCCGGAGGAGAGAUUUUUCGGUUCGAUUGGUUUCGGUUUCAAUUCAGUCUUCUUUUGUGUGCCUAUGCCUACAACGGCGACGACGACGACGACGACGACGACGUCUUGAGAAGAAAGGAUUCGAGAAAAGUUUUUUUUUCCUUAGAACACAAGCAUACAGGCUUUUUCGUGUGCAGAAAAAGUGCGAGUUAGUAGCGAAAAAAGAGGAAUAAAGUGUGCCCAGUGAUACGUAGCACCAGGAGCGCACUAAAUUGUUACAGAAAGAGAAAAAAGUUAUCGAGUGUGUUUUUGACGUGUUUUCGAUCGCAAUUUUUUUUCGGAAGGAUUUUCCACAAUUUCGUCUGAUGAUCAAAGGAGAGAUACGUAAUUGUUCCAAGCCAGGUCGUUUCUAAUCGAAAUCAGACGGUAUUCCUGCUGAAUAAUCAAUAGAAGUGUUCCGGAAGAAGACAAAACAGCCUCAGAAGGAACAGCAAAUCCUUGAAGCAUCGAUAUCUUGACGACGUGGCAGUCAACCACCACCCAGUUCAUCCGUCGUAGAAGCAGAUCGCUGUUACGGCCGCCGCCGGGAGAGAGCAGAAGAACAAGAAGACUGUGUUUUUACCGUUUGCGUGUUGUUAUUAUCCCUGUUUCAAGCAUACCAGAUCGUUUACAAGUGAUAGUUGAAAACCAAACAAAACGAAAGAGGUGCCGAAGUUAUAUGCGGUAGUGAUAGCAAAACGGGAGUUGUGUUAUUUUCCGUGUACCUCCUGGCCCUUGUUCCAGACAGGAUAAGUACCGCACAUUGUUACAGAGUAUCGUGUUAAGGAAGCCCCGGAGUAACGUAGUGAAAGCAGAAAUCCUCAGAUCCCCCCAAGAGGACACCCCUUUACUAUUUAAGUCAUUUACCUGUUAGUAGGUAGAUUUAAAAUCAACAAAAAUUUACCUGUUAGACAAAUCGACGACGACGACGAGCUCGUCGCCCGAAGGAAUCAUUUCGUGCGUGUACCCGUUCCAUCACCAAGCCGGCACAAUUGAACCGUUCAAGCUGGCUGCCCACAUACACCCCACGGAGCCACUGGCUGCCGCGCAUCACGGGACGAUGUCGAUACCGAACCCUGCUGGGCAGAUAGAGGGCGCACUGGCUGCGCCCAAGUACGGCACGCUCAUUCCGAACCGGGUCUUCGUUGGUGGCAUCAGUGGCGAUACGACGGAAGCGGAACUGUGCCGGUUAUUCAGCUCGUACGGCAACGUCAAGUCAACGAAAAUCAUCGUCGACCGGGCGGGCGUCAGCAAAGGCUACGGAUUCGUGACGUUCGAGACCGAGCACGAAGCACAAAGACUGCAGAGCGAUGUAAGUAUGAAGGGAGACUGCAUCGUGCUGAGGGAUCGUAAGCUAAACAUAGCACCAGCGAUUAAAAAACAAACAAUCUGUGCAACGAACGGAGCCGUGUACUACGCAGCCACACCUCCCACGCCGACGAUCAACAACAUCCCCAUCGAGCAGUUCGCGACAGCAGUCUAUCCGCCAGGUGUGCCAACUAUCUAUCCUCCGACGAUGCCCUACCAGCCGUUCUACCAGUACUACAGCGUACCAAUGAAUGUUCCGACUAUUUGGCCUCAGAACUACCAAGGAAUCUACCCUUGUUAAAAGAAUUAUAAGGAAUACACGAAGAGCAAAUCUAGCAAAAACAAAAAAAAACAGAAUCUUAUUUAUUAUCAUGAGUAAUAUUUAUACAACAGCAACAGUUCAGAGCAGAUCGGCAAGAAAAUGAAUCAAACGGAAAAGAAAGCAUAAGAGGAAAACUCACUCAUACACACGCGACUACUGAUAUACUACUACCUACUGAACUAAACAAGUAAACAGGAGAAGAGAGAAAUCCAUUAGCAUAAUGAUUAACCCUAAUAAAGAAGGCAGAGAAGAAGAAAAAAAUGCAAUAAAUAGCAAAUGGCUGCUGCGAGCAAGCAAGUAUAUAAUUAGCGCAAACCGACGGGAAUCGUCUCUACGACAUCAUCCAAGUGUAUGUGUGCGGUGGCAAAGGAUUUGGCACGGAGGAAGGGAAAGAACCCGCAACCGACAGCAGUAGGAGGCUAACAUCGAAUAAUUUAUCUUAAUACGAUAUUUAUACACAAUAACUAAAAAAAAAAACAA